CUCAGGUCGCACACUGAAAAUUCACCAUGAAGUUCAUCGGCCUUGUAGCGCUCCUUGCUCCAGCCGUCUUGGCCGCCGAUUUUAUUAGUAUCCUCCAAGAAAAAUGCAGUGAUAUGCCGCCGAAUUGUCUCGAAAUUGCAAAGGAUGUCCAUCAAACAGGAAAAAGGCCUAAUAUUGUUAAAGACAUGGCGGGUCUAGGGGCUUGUAAUCCGUAUUACCAGAAAUGCAUCCAAAGGCUCUCUGCAUCUCUCGAGAGGCGCUCUGCUGACGCCGCCCAGGAAAACGUCGUUACAUGCAUACUGCAGAUCCAGCCUGAUCAUUUCCUCUUCAUGGCUAACCCAGCUCAUGCUAAGAUACCGUUUCCGGCUGGCCAAACUUGUUCGUUACGAGACAUGCACCGCCUAGCGCACGUUGUACUCAGUGAGGGCGCUCGUUGAGCAGAUAAGAAUAGCAGAGGUUGGGAAGAUGGUAGCAGGGUUGAACUUCGACAAUAACCACAGAAUUCGAGUGCUCAGAUAUUCCAUGGAAGGCCUAGCUUACACCAGCAAAACAGCGCUAUACCGCUACUGUUGAUUUAUUAGAUCCUCCGAAGCU